UUUGCCUUUAAAAAGAGCCGCGCUGAAAAUGGUCAACGCAUUGUGUUUGGCAGACAGUGGUGUGUGUUUACUCUGUCACUCUUCUAUUAAAGGUUGAUUUUUUUGGGGGGUAAUGUUGAAAAUAUUGUGUUAGUGAAGUUAACACCAUCAAAAGGCGUGUCCACGUUCAUUUGAGUCGAAGAGCUUGUUGUUUAAAAGGAGUUGCUGUGCUGUUUUGCUUGAAGACAUUUGGAAACCAGCAUGAUCUUCCUAACUCCAACAUCUGAUGAAGAAUCGCUUGAAAUCGACUGGCUUUGGAGUCACAUCAAGUUCAGGGUACAAAACGCAAUAGUAGGAACCCCAACUUUGACAACUUUCUUGAUGUCUUUGUAAAUGCUCGGCAAUAUUUUAAGUAAUGUAGCAGUCAGCUUAAUAUACUUAAAUGACAAUUCACGAGUUCGCAAAUGCAGAUAAUAAUGCAGGUUAAAAGGUAUGCGUAUAUGGCGUGCUGUCCAGCGAGAGGGCUCCGAGCCUGGCAGUUUCUUACAAACUCGGAGUACUCUCCCCCUGUCCGGGGAGAGGGCUCGAGCCCGGUGUUAGGCUGAACCCAGAGCGCUCCCCCCACUGUCCUGCGGGAGACAACGGGCUCGUGGUAAGGAGCCGGGGUGGUGGAGGGAUGCUUGAAGACUGUAGAGAGAAUGCAGGUAAGACAGCUUUGUCUAUUUGUAGUAGUUCUCUCUUGAGCUGAUAGGGCAGAUGGUGUGAUUGCUGAUGGCAAACCAGCCGGGUGGGUUAUCUGCUCGUGCUCCUCCCUAACUUUGUUAAUUAAACAUCACACAUUGUGCAUGUCUUCUUGCAUAAACGUAUGCUUGUUUCACAAUGCACAAUGAAAUCUUGACGUACAAGAACAAACGUUGGGUCUGUCAUGCACACAAAUAUCAAAGUGUCCUUUAUAUAUCCGAUUUCUCCACAUCCACAUCUGCAAGCAUGGAGUUUACGCCUUUGUCCUUAUACAGCAGACUGAGCUUAUAACAUAAUGAAUUUAACAUAAAUUACACUUUGUUAAUGUUUUUAGAGAGAUGCUCACUGAUUUACUCCAUUACAAAGACUUCUUUGUCUGACUUCAUUGAAAAUCUCUACAGCGUUUCAGAAGCAACAGUCUCAAGCACUUGAAUCUUAACAAGACCUACUAGCUUUGUGUUUUGAUAACAUUUAAUGCAAAUUGUCUCUCUCUUUGGAAUGAGACGAACAAGAUAGUGCUAUUUCAAUAAAAAACCAAAAUUUACCUCGAGAGUUCAGUUUGGUAAGAGAUUAGCACUGUUUGUUGUCUCAUGUGCCAAGGAGCAGAGGGCAAGUAUCCAGCUCUCUGCAUUGAACUUGGAUCAGAGUGUCAUUUGGCAACAUGCUGAUUUCUGUCUCAUUGCUAUUUCAACCAAUUUAUAUACAGUAAGUAUGCUAAUAAAUGACAGCCAUGCUUAUGUGCGCAAAUGAGAGUGUGCAUCCUGAAGAUCCGAUUUGGUAAACAAAUCGCAAUUGUCUGCAGUGUGAACGUGUUUUCCUGGUGACCCGGUUGUCAGUUAAGAUAUCUACUGCAAUAGUUGUAGAUCAAUAUGUGACGUGUGCUUUGUGAAUGAAAAACAGCACUAAACCUAAAACCUCUUUCUUUGAUCUGUUUUGAAAACUAUGUUGGUAUUUUUUAAUGAAUUGAGGGUUUAUAGACAGGGACAGAGUCCCUGUAGAUUAUUUCUGAUAAGCAAAAUAAAUAGGUAAAUUACAAGCUAGCAAAUUAAAAUGAUGUCUAGCAAGUAUGAUUUGGGGAAACUAGUAUAAGAUUCAGGGGCGGAUCGUCCAUCUGGACCACCGGGAGUUUUCUUGGUGGGACGCCGCUCAUGUUGGCAGCCUCAGGAAGGCGAUUGCUAACAGACCGGGGGGACAGGAACAUAAUCGUAAAUGGAUAGAGGGGGACGCCCCUAAAAUGCGACCACCAAAAGACCAGAUGCAGGGGAACCGAAACGCUUUUGCAAACGGACGGGUGUGUGUUCGGCUGCUCUUGGCGUAAAAGUCCAGGGCAACUUUUUAGUCCUAGUCCCCCCCUGAGAAGAACCUUUACUUGGCUAAACUUAAAUGUGACAAACUUACAUGACCUAUUCAAUAAACACAGACCGAAAGUUAACUUGUGUGUGUGUGUCCAAUGAAGACGUCUUCAAAUCAAAGAGUAGUUAUUGGCUAUUUUAUUAAAUUGUUUUGAUCAUACAAAUUAAAUGGUGAGUAUUGUAUCCUUUUUGUACUAGCAAAUUAUGUUUGCCAAAAACACACCGUCUAGUAAAAAGUUUUUUUUAUCACUCAUUCAAAUAUUUAUUGUAGGUCUUUUACUUUUGCUAUUAAUUGAAUGGUUUAUAUAGUACAGUAAAAUGUUUGGUCUGUGAUGGAUGACGUCUAUGGAAAAGUUAUAUUUAUAAAAUAUAAUAUAAUUAAACCUUACAAUUGUAAAAUUAUUGCAAACUUAUCUGAUGUCGGCAUAGUUUUUGUUUGUUUUAGCUAAUUUUUAGGGGAGCUUGAAUUAGAGCUAUGGUGAGGUUACAUUGUGUAUUUUAUGUGUAUAUUAUGUUUAUGACUUUGUUGUUUCUCAUGCUAUUAUGCCAGUGUUAUAUAUUUGUGAUGAGGCUUGGGUAGAGGUUAUUUAAAUGAAAGCAUAACCAAAUAAAUGUUUUAGAGAGGAUAAGUAAAUCAUUACAAAAAGGGCAUGUGUACCUGUACUUUAGCAUGAUAAAUGAGACUUGGUAUGAAUAAAGUGUAACAGGUUGCUAUAUUUUCUAAUCCAGCUGGUUAUAAUUUUCUGAAAAAAAGUUAUGUCAUAUUUCUUUAAUAUACUGUCACAAAGCCCAAACUCUUCAGCCAAUAGAAGCUCUUGUGUAACUUCUGAUGUUUCUUCUUGGUCUCAGCCUUUUUCCAGGAUGCUACCAAACUGCUCCUGAACGAAAAACCUAACUGGGUGCAUCUAAAGGAGUUUGCCCGUAGAAAUGCUGCCAAUGCUCUCUCUGUUGCCAACCUGGUCAUGGGAAUGGCCUCAAUUCUCUGCAGUCUCAACGGGCAUCAUCAUGCUGCAUGCUGGCUGGUCCUGAUCGGUUACCUUCUGGAUUUGGCUGAUGGAGCAGUUGCUAGGCAACUUAAUGCCUGUUCUGCACUAGGUGCAAAGUUGGAUGAUUUCGCUGAUUUUACAACAUUUGGAAUUGCGACAUCAUUACUUUUAAGGACACCCAAUCUGCUGGAUAAUAUUCUGUGCAUGUUUUACGCGCUGUCAGUCUUUGUUCGCCUCUGCUUUUUUUCUAGUGGAAUUCCCUUUAUGUACCGUGGCCUACCAUGCAUCUACUCAUCUGCAAUUCUAGCUUGUGUUUCUCUACUAACUGGAGGAAAUAUGACGGUGCUGAGAAUCAUAGCGGUGGCUAUGAUUCCUUUUAUGGUGAGCCAGACGUUUUACCCACAUGACCGAGUACUUGAGUCUCAGGCGUGGAAGAAGGUGGUCUACAUUGGAGGAAUUGCCAUGGUGUUUUGCUUCUCCUUCCCUCCAGCAUGUGUUUACUACUUGUUAUGGUCCGUUUCCUACAUACUGUUUCCAACAGCCCUGUGGAGCUCCAAAGUGUAACUGGCCGGAGAGGCCGAUUCCUAAAGCCUCCUUACAGCUGAGGAAGGACUGUGCAGCUUUUUUUGGAACCCACAGUGCUUCAUGCAAAGGAAAAUCAAACCGACUGAGAAACAUAUUUUUAUUUCAAUCAUUUUAGCUGUGGGGUUGUAUACCUCAUGCCCUGACAAACUUUUAGUGAGAGUUAUGGACACCUUCAUUAGCUGCUGUUGUUUUUUCAAUAAGGAAAAUAAAUGGGAAAUGACCUCUGUCGUACACAUAUUGACAUCUGUAUGAAUAAUCAGAAUGUUAUUUUGUCUCAUGAAACAGAGGUUGCAGGGUGCUAUGCAUGUUGCGCAGUUUGUCUGUACUAAAUCAAAACCGUGGAGGCAUGAAGCAGGACACAUAUUCAAGAUUCAAAAUUUGCUGUGGAAUUUAUAUUUGUAGAACUGCUGCUUUUUUGGUUGUUGUUGAAGUAGAUCAGAACAAGUUUUGGGUUUUUUCAUUGUGUAUAUUUUAAGAUUUUUAUUUUGUGUACUGGAUUACUGAUAAAAAGGAAAGGGAAAACGGUUAGAUAGAGAAUGAUCAGUGUGAGAGUAUGCACAAGUCAAAGCUUAAAUAUAACAAAACUAUCUGCUUUCUUCUAAUCACAUUACAUUGGACUUUUAAUGAACUGUGAUAAUUAGAAUUAUUUCAAAAGUAACAUGAAAGAUUCACUGAAAAUGGUUUGUAUCCAUCUGACUUACAUGUGAAACACUACAAUAUGAUUAAGGCAGUGGUUGUCAUCAUUUUUGUUUUUUUUUAAUGCCUGGUUAAUGUGUGCUUGGUGAAAUACUGUAUUUCCUGUAUUGUAUUAAGUAGGCAAUCAUGCAAUCAAAUUUCAAGAACAUGGCAGUUGGUGUAAUUUGACAAAAAAUUUAGCAUCCCAAAGUAUACUGCUGGGUUAUUUUUGGCCUCUGUUUUGAUAGAACUAACUGUGACUAUGCCAAAAAUUUUAGACCCCACAGAUCCAAGAUUUAGAUCCAGUUCAUUAGUUUGUACACUAUGCAUGGUGUACGAUGUCUCUUUAUCGGGACAAUUACUUUGUUACUCAAAGAUAGUCAACUCUAUUGUGAGUUAAACAUAAUACAGAGACAAGAGACGGAGGGGGGGCAACGUAAGACAGGAGAAUCAAAUGAAAAUGGUUUGUUGGGAAAUUUCCGUUGCCUUUUCAUUCAACCCUUUACGGUUUACAUGUUCACUGUGAAUAUGGAACGUAGCAAUUUAAAAUGAAGGCAUUGUUUUGUUUUUAUGUGCACCACUUGUGGUUAAUUUUUAUUAAAAUGUAGUGGUGUUCA